AUGCAGCUCAUUCAAUCUGCCAGUACAGCCCUCUCUCGCCUAUUCUCCUCAUCCAGCACUCGUCAUGACACCCAUGCACUACACAACAGUCCUUCAUCAUUCCCUCAAUUCUCCAAGCUCCCCGUAGAGCUGCGGCUAAAAAUAUGGAGCUACGCAGCGCCAUCCAGAAUUCUUCGAGUCCAUCUUCACGAAUACACUCCCCAUUGGAUAAAUGAUGAAAACAGAUGGGAAGGCUAUGCUCCCGAGCCAAACUCAAACCAGGACUCGGAUACAGACGCGCCUGCCAAUGCAAACCUCCCACGCUUCAUUCCAACGCCAGUCGAUCUACUCCCCGCCUUACCAAUGUACGCAAAUGAAGCUCUCAGGCCACAACACAUGGAGAUUACAGCCUGUACGUCGUCUCAUCCUUGCGGCUGUAAAACCUACCCGCCAAAAUCUCACAGCCUGCUGCCGAUGCCGGGAGUCCUCUUAGCGUGUCAAGAGAGUUACGCGGUCCUAUCGAAGCAGUAUCGACGAUGCCUUGAGAAUGAAUACAAUGCCUGGGGAUACGAAGUAGUCCUUCCAUUUCGUGUCAAAGAAUACCCGCCGUCAAGGCCUCCCGUUACAGGCCUCAUCAUGAACCCCUUGGCAGAUACACUUCACGUGCGUGUCAACGUAGCAAGCUUUAGUGGUGUUAUGGUCUUGAGAAGGUUCGCUGCCAUAGUAGCUCAGCAGGUCCCUAAUAUCCAAAGAGUCAUCUUCAGUCUUCACAUUACCAUGCCUCCGUACAAGUUCUGGGCCUCGGCACGCUUUCAAUAUUGGAAAAACUGGGGUGCCACUGGAUGGUGGGUGCCUGCGAAGCAUUUGAUCAAGAUGCCGGAUUUGAGGGAAGUCGUUCUUGUGGUGCGCAAGAAAGAGAAGAUGUUGCCUGUUGAGUGGAGGAAUAGAACGGAGGGGCAGUGGGCGGAGGAGCUGCUGAAGGUUGAGGACCAGUGGCCUGCUGGUUGGAAAGGGAAAAUACCAUCACUGACUUUUGUGGAUAAUGUGGAAGAUGCAUGA